AUGAAUUACGAUUAUCUAACGGACGAGCAGAAGAAGCAACUUUAUUACCAGCAACAGCAACAGCAGCAACAGCAACAGCAACAGCAACAGCAGUACCAACAGCAAUCUCCUACGAAGCAAAAGAAUGAGUUGUAUUCUCAGCAGUUCCCUAACCUCCAAUUCCAACAGCAGCAACAUCAACAUCAACAACACCAGUAUCAACUGGAACAGAACGAUGACAGCUUCAUGGAUGAGGAUACUACUGAACAGAAUAUAGAACAACAACAUAACUUCCAUAUUAAACAUCCAAAUCAGCAACAAUCUCAACACAAUGGAUCGCCAGUUGCCAAUCAGCAAUACAGCACAGAAGCGUUCCAUACAUCUCCAACUUUCAACUCCUCUGGUAAGUUCAGCUUCCAAAGCUCAUCGUUAUCUGAUAGCCCAACUAGAACUACUGGUGGUAUUGGUGGCAUAGGGAACUCAAAUGCAUACAAUUUCCAAUCCAUAGAUUCUCAAAAUUCGCUUAAUUUUACACCUCCCACGGCUAAUGCCAACUACAUGAUGUCGAAUUUUACACAAUUAAGUAAUACCAGUAAUACUAACUUAUCAGAGAUAAGUAACACUACGUCGAAUUUGUCUGCAUCUCAUCCUCAAUCCGAUAAUUUUACCGUUCCACAAGUUAAAACAAAUGGUGAAUCAAUGUAUGAUGGAGCAAACCCAAGCAGUCAGAGCUUGCAACAACAGCAUGCACAGUUGCAGCAGCAAUCUCAAGCUAGACAGAUACAACAACAACAACAACAACAACAACAACAACAACAACAACAACAACAACAACAACAACAACAGCAGCAGCAGCAGCAAGCUCAGGCCCGGGCCCAGGCUCAAGCACAAGCGCAGGCACAAGCUCAGGCUCAGGCUCAGGCUCAGGCUCAGGCUCAAGCACAGGCCCAGGCCCAGGCACAAGCACAAGCACAGGCCCAAGCACAGGCCCAAGCACAGACACAGGCACAAGAAACUGCUGCUCAACUUGCUCAACAAGUGGCUUCUCAAAACCCAGAGAUCCCUUCGAAGUCUAACUAUGUGUACUUUGAUCGUCACCCAGAUCAAUUAACUAAGCAUUCUCAAGAUAGAGCAUCAGCCAUGAAAUUGAGAUUAGAGAACUACUAUCAAAUGUCUGUUUCCCAUGCGAUUGAGAGGAAUCAAAGAAGACUUGACUUAGAACAUAAAUUGGCAGUCGAAGAAGCUGGAUCUUCCGAAGAGCGUAAGAAUAGACAAUUACAAAACUUGGGUAAGAAGGAAUCUCAAUUUUUAAGACUCCGCAGAACUAAGCUAUCAUUGGAUGAUUUUAUAACUGUCAAGGUUAUCGGAAAGGGUGCAUUUGGUGAAGUUAGACUUGUUCAAAAGAAAGAUACCGGUAAGAUAUAUGCCAUGAAGACAUUACUCAAAUCAGAAAUGUACAAGAAGGACCAAUUGGCUCAUGUGAAAGCCGAGAGAGAUGUAUUGGCAGGCUCAGAUUCUCCUUGGGUUGUCUCUUUAUAUUAUUCUUUCCAAGAUGCUCAAUACUUGUAUUUAAUUAUGGAAUUUCUUCCAGGUGGAGAUUUGAUGACCAUGUUGAUCAGAUGGCAAAUCUUCACCGAAGAUAUUACUAGAUUUUAUAUGGCUGAAUGUGUUUUGGCUAUUGAAGCGAUUCAUAAGUUGGGAUUUAUUCAUAGAGAUAUCAAGCCAGAUAAUAUUCUUAUAGAUAUACGAGGACAUAUCAAAUUAUCUGAUUUUGGUUUAUCGACUGGAUUCCAUAAGACUCAUGAUUCAAAUUAUUAUAGAAAAUUAUUAGAAAAGGAACCAGUUCAACAAUCCAACAAUCAACUCACUCCUGGAGCAGCUAUUGCUGGUGCAGGAGGAGCGCGGAAUUCUAUGAUGGUUGAUGCCAUCCAUUUAACGAUGUCUAAUAGACAACAAAUGCAAACUUGGAGAAAAUCUAGAAGGCUUAUGGCAUACUCAACAGUUGGUACACCGGACUAUAUUGCACCUGAAAUCUUCAUACAUCAAGGUUAUGGUCAAGAGUGUGAUUGGUGGUCAUUGGGUGCGAUUAUGUUUGAGUGUUUAAUUGGCUGGCCACCAUUUUGUUCAGAAACUCCACAUGAGACUUAUCGUAAGAUUUUAAAUUGGCAAGAGUCAUUACAGUUUCCUGAAGAUAUCCAUUUAUCGUCUGAACUGGAGGAUUUAAUUAGAAAGUUGUUGACCAGUGCUGAAAAUAGAUUGGGAAGAUAUGGUGGUGCUGAUGAAAUUAAACAGCACCCUUUCUUUAGAGGUGUUGAUUGGGAAACAAUUAGAAAAGUUGAUGCGCCAUUUAUUCCUAAGCUCAGAUCCAUAACUGAUACAAGAUUCUUCCCAACUGACGAGUUAGAAAAUGUUCCUGAUGCUCCAGCAUUGGCUCAAGCGGCAGAACAAAGAGAGCAAGUAUUGAAGAAUGGGGGUAACGCAAAGGAAGAUUUACCAUUUAUUGGUUACACUUACUCUAGAUUUGAUUACUUAACCAGAAAGAACGCUUUAUAG